GAUAUACGCUACUGUAUCGACGUUGAUGUUUAACGUUUUUGGUUCUACGCGGUCUUCCUAGUUUAUUAUAUCUUGCAUGACGUUAAAUUUACCCUUGUUAGGAGGGCGUGCAAUUUUCACGAUCUCCAUUUGCUUAUUUUAGUAAUAAUGCCAAAGAGAAAGAAUCACGCUCUUAUAGAUUCUGAUAGUAGUGGCAGUGCAUCAGAAAGUGGCUCGGAUUUGGAUAAUGACUUACUCUCACUUGCCAAAAAGAAAAAAGGAAAAGCUCAAGAUGAUUCUCAAUCUAAUGAAGAAACCAGUAAUAUUAAAAAAGAUAAUAAACAUGAUUCAGAUACAUCAGAUUCAGAUGAUGAUUGGGGUACAAAAGCUGGCAAAAAUAAGAAAAAGAAAGUACCAACUAAAAGAAAUAAACGAAAGAUGACAAAGUCUAGUAGCGAAGAAAGUGCUAGUGAAAAAGAACCUGAAAAAAUCUCAGAACCAGAAGAAGGCGAAGUUUCAGACUCGGAUGCUAGUGUUUCUGAUUCUAGCCAAGAAGAAUUUAAUGAUGGCUAUGAUGAUAAAUUAAUGGGAGAUGCUGAGGAUCAAGCAAGACUUGCUCAAAUGACAGAAAAAGAACGUGAACAAGAAAUUUUUAAACGUAUUGAACAACGUGAAAUUAUGAAAACAAGAUUUGAGAUUGAAAAAAAAUUGAGAAUGGCUAAAAAACAAGAAUUAAAAAAACAAAAAGAAUCAAGGAAAAAAGAAAAAGGUACAGAAGAGAAAAAAGUUGAUAGAGCACCAGAUCCUAAAGAACGGAGUAAAGAUCGUAAGAAAACUAUAGAGGAAAAACAAGAUAAAAAAUUUCAUGCAAUGUCUCUUUUAAAAGCAAGACGAGAAGAGAAAAAAGAAAGAGAGGAAAAAGAAAAACAAAGGAUAGAACAACAACAACAACAAUCAAAGGAUAUUGAAGAAGAAGAAUUAGAAGAUGAUCAUAAAGGAGGAGCAAAUAAAACAAAACUUAAAGCAUCUGAUAUUUAUUCUGAUGAUAGUGGCUCAUCAGAUAGUGGUGAAGAAGAAGACAUUACUAAACCAUCAUCUCAACGUAGAUCAUCUUCAAGUGAUAGUAGGGAUACUGAUUCUGAAACUGAUAAAAAAUCUAUUACCAGUAAUAAAGCAAAACCAAAAAAACCAAUAUAUGUCAGUACCAAGGAAGAUCUUAAUAAAAUUAGAUUAUCUCGUCAUAAAAUGGAAAGAUUUGUACAUUUACCUUUCUUUGAUAGAGUGGUGCAAGGUUGUUUUGUUAGAAUUGGCAUUGGAAACAAUAAUGGUAAACCUGUAUACAGAGUAGCUGAAAUUAGUGGUGUUUGUGAAACAGGAAAAAUAUAUCAACUUGGUGGUACAAGAACGAAUAAAGGAUUAAAAUUAAGACACGGCGCCCAAGAACGUGUAUUUAGAUUAGAAUUUGUAUCGAAUCAAGAAUUUACCGAAUCUGAAUUUUUUAAAUGGAAAGAAACUUGUGCUUUGCAAGGAAUAUCAAUGCCUACUUUUGAAGAAGUUGAACAAAAAUUAAAAGAUAUUAAAGAAGCUUUAGUAUAUGAAUUUAAGGAAGAAGAUAUAGAAAAAAUAGUACGAGAAAAAGAAAGAUUUAAACAAACACCAUAUAAUUAUGCAAUGAAAAAAGCACAACUUAUGCGUGAAAGAGAUGCAGCUAAUUGUAGAGGAGAUGAUGAAACUGCCAGUCGACUUAAUCAAGAAUUAAGUGAACUUGAAGAACGUGCUUCCGAACUUGAUAAAAUGCGUACUGCAACAAUAUCUAGUAUAUCAUAUAUUAAUGAUCGAAACCGAAAAAAGAAUGUUGAAGAAGCAGAAAAAGCAAUCAUGGAAGAAUUUAAAGCUAAUAAAGGUAAAAAAGUAGAUGAUCCAUUUACCAGACGAAGUACAAAACCACGAAUGGUUUUUAAACCAGAAGAUGAAGAGGUAUCAUCUACUGCUCUAGUAAAUGAUAAAGUAAGUCCUCAACAAACUGAGACAGUGACAGUAUGUAAUGAAAAAGAAAAUGGUCAAGAAACAAAGAAAAAACAAAGUACUGAAGAUUUAUUUAAUGCUCAUGACUUUGAUAUCACAAUAGAUUUAGAAGUACCAAUUCCAAAUAAUCCUGUUAGUGUAUUACCGAAACCUAUUAGUAAUAUCAAGGAUACUGGACCUCGACGAUCUUUGAAUUUAGAAGAUUAUAAGAAAAAACGAGGACUAAUCUAACUUUUUAUUAGUUUUAAAAGUAAAAAAAUCAGUCUUUGAUCUGAUUAAUUCUAAAAAAGAAGACGAAGUCUUGUAACGGUUGACUGAAAAAGCUUAUGUAUAGUUCUCAUAUAUAAUAUUAUUUUUUGUUAUAAAUAAUGACUCCUUCUUUUAGAAAGGAUAGAUAGGUGGUUCCUACCAUAUAAUUCUAUUUACGAAUUGUAUUCUUUACAAAAGAAUACAAUUUAAUGUUCAUUAGAACAUAUUUGUUUUUUAAAGAACAUUAUUAAGGGGUACUUAAAAGAAAAGUAUUACAAUUUGAAUUAUUUAAGAACUUUAUAACUGCAUUUGUUUUUUUUCAUUUAAUGGUACAAUUUUUUCUACCUUUUAACAAAAGUUCUACUUUUUUAUUUAAAAGAAAAAAUAAAAUCUACAUUUAGAAUUAUAUAUAAUUAAUUUCUUAAUAUAAAUCUUUAAUAGAUAAUUUUAAUAACAAAAAUCAGCAUGGAUCACAAAUAUAUUAAUCAUGAUUUGUGUAUAUUAUAAUGUGACAUUUCUUCUGUGUUUUAUACAUUAAAAUAAAUAUUAAUAAGCGGCCACCUUAUAGUAAAAAAAUAUUAAAAAUUACAUAUAUUUGAACUGGAUGAAAAUAUACUUUUAAUAAUUAAGUUUAUAAUUAAUUGAUUUACAUAAGAACAUUAUGAAUACGUAUAAAUAUUUUUUUAUUCCUUGCAGUGUUAUAAUAUUACAACUGCAAAAUACUGCCAAUAUAAUUUGGCUACAGAUGCUUGAAUAAUAUGUUUUACUAUAAAAAUUUGUAAAUAUUCUCCAAACAGUUCAAAUAAUUUAAACGCAAAAUUCUUAUAUAUAUAUAUAUAUCUAUAUAUAUAUAUAUAUAUAUACAUAUAUAUAUUUCUGUACUAAAUAAUGAUAAAAACAUAUUUUUAGAUAUAUACUUUUCUUAUGUCUAGUUAAUCCAAUUAUUGUUAACUUUAAUCUGUCAAGUUUGAUAGAUAUUUAACAACUAUAAUAUGAUAAUAUGAUUUUUAUUAAUAUCUAAAAAUGAUUACAUUUUUUUUUUUUUUUUUUUUUCCACAAUAUCACUUUUUAAUAUAUAUAAUUUUAAAUUAGAUAUCUUGAAUAAAUAAAAACUUCAUAUUUUGUUCAUAUUUUAUCAAAAAAUGCAUUUUUUUAUAAAUACAAAAUAUUAAUUUAAAAAACAGAUUAAUUAAAAAAAAAUUAUCUUUAUAGAAUAAAUAAAUAUUUUUGUUUCAAAGUAUAUUAUAAUUUUAGUAUAUAAUUUUAUUUAUCCAAGAUGUCAAAAAAUUAUUAAUAUAAUUUAUCAAAAUCACAAAUAAUUAUGUAAACUGAUAAACAACAUAUAUAUAAAAUAUUAAUUAGAAUCAUUACUCUGUUGUUAAAACAAAACAUGUUUGCUUCUAUCCACAAAUUCGCCAAAUUGUACAUAUAUGUACCUAGACAGUACUAUUAAAAAUAUAGAAAAAUUCAUAUAUUUAUUUGUAAGAAAUAAGAAUUUACUUAAAUUCUAUCAAAUGGAAAAAAUUUUUUAAAAAAAUUUAAAUUUAUUUGCUUUGCAAAAAAUAUUCUAGAAUCUAUGAAAUGAAUAUUUAUAAUACUCAGUUUUUAUACUAAAAAUCAUUACAUUAAAAAAUAAAAUAAUAAUAAAUUAAAUUUUGAUGUGAUUAAUAACUUUUCGCAUGUAUUAUAAAUUAAUUAUAUUUUAAUAUUUGAUAUAAAUUGCUUUAGUAUUUUUUAAUUUUUAAUUUGUGCUUAUGUAGCAUAAUUCAUUAUUUUAUUUAUAUAUUAUUAUAAAUUAGAGCAAUAAUCUAAGACUAAUUGUAUUAAAUAAAUCUUUAAAUGUAUCGCAAAUGCUUUGAAGCUGUAUGAUUGGCAACAGUAUUACAAUAAUAUAUAUAUAUAUAUAUAUAUAAACAUACAAAUAUAUACUUAUAUUUCAUAUCUCUUCAACCAAAUAUUUUAUACAGAUUUAAUAUAUAAAAAUAUUAUAUUUAAUUAUAUUUGGCAUAUUAAAAUAUAGUAUUUAAGAAUAAUAUAUUUAUGAAGAUAUAAAUUAUGAGUUUUUGUGCUUCAAAUGAUCAUAAUGUUAUUUCUUAAAUAUAAAUACAAUGUCAUAUUAAUAUACGUAUAUCUAUCGUACAUAUUACUUGAAGCAUCCAUAUGAAAUUAAAGCUAUUUAAUUUAAAAAAAAAUAAUAUAAUUUUUUUAAUUUAAUAAUAUUUAAUAAAAAAAUUCAUUAUAUCAAUAAUUUAGUAUUUAAGAUAAAAUUACUGAAAAUUACCCUCAAUUUAAUAUUGUGUUAGUAAAGGUCGGAAUAUUUUUGAAAAUGUCAACUAUAUUGCGCGUUGUGCGCACGCAAAGCAUGCAGCAUGCGCACAGAACGACGCGCGACGUCUGUAUGCGGUCGCUUGCAUGCCGCUGCCCAUAUAAGGUAAUUUCCCCACGUCCUUUACUAUGAUUGGUUGGUAUCACCGGCAGAUCACAUCGAUGAUUAAUUUCUACAAAUUAUAUAUCAUUGCUCUUUCAAUGACUUGUAUAAGUGUUUUAUGAUAUUAAGAAAUUGAUUGAUUAAUCUUAUUUCCAAGAUAAUCUAAGAAAAAAUCGUAUUCUAAACGAGAUUAAAUAUUGUAUAAAUACCGGCAUGACCGCAUCACACAACGCUUGCGCAUUAAAAUAAUUCUACCGGUUACAAAAUAAAAUUUAGGCUUGCAUGUAUUUAAUUCGUUGAUUUGUAAUAAAAAAGAAGACAGUAUUCAAAAUAUACAAUUUGUUAGUGAAUUUUUCUAAAGAAAGUAUUCGUAUAAUCAAUUAUGAAUUUUUGUUAGUCAAUGAUCAACCAAUCAAGACAAAGUUAAUAAGAGUGCGCGCGCGCAGGCGUAGGGAUACAGGAUUCGCAGAAAGCUAGCUAAGAGAGGAGACUCCCUUCCCGUUCGUUCGUGAGCCGCGACCCCCGCGACUGGACACUGCGCCUAUCCAGUUCCACCAGACCAAGGCUCUCGUGAAAGUGUAGGUUAAAGUGCUUGUUUACGUGAUUCUUCUCAUCGGCUACUACAUCACGAAAUGUUGUAUUUAAUUAGAAGGAAAGAAGAAACUUGUUUCUCCAGUAGAAAGAUGUUUUCCCGCUAAUCUAACAUUUUUGACGUUAAACAACCGACUAUGUCGCUCCUCAUCGGUGAAUCAUCUUCCGUUUGACCUUGUGCCACACACAAGAGACGUUUACAACAACGCCCUAGAGGGAGCCAAGUCUGGCCCUAACCGGCAUCCCCUGUCGUGCCAGAAUAUCGACCGAGGAAUUGCAUCCUCCAUCCACUGGCUAUCCUCCAACCAUGUUAUACUUUUCGUUAGGCUCUUUUACACCCCAAUAGAUCUUUACGUUCAUUAUAUCAAAUAAAUAAAAGCUUUAAUUAUUUAUUUAAAAAUUCAAACGAUCAUCAAUUAAAAAAACGAUUUAAUUUUACAAAUAUUAUCUUUAAACAAUAUUUUUUGUUUGUUUUAUCAGUUUCAUAUGUAAAAAUCGUAUCGAUUUCAUAUAUAAAAUUCAUAUAUAAAAUUCAUAUAUUAUAAAUAAUAAUAUCAAAUAAAUUUAGUUUAAAUAUAUUGUGAUAUUGUGAUAUAAAUAUAAAAUAAAUUUAGUUGAAUAACUUUAA